AUCCACAUGUCAUCUAUAUAUGAAUUGGCACAAAGUACUAUGUUUAGGCACCCAGACUCUUGAAGAUACAUUCAUAUUCCUCAACUAACACACUUAAAUGCAGAGCUCACAGAGAUAAUGAAUGUGCCCAACACUCAUUUUGACACUCUAGCAGCAAACCCAGAUCAGAAAAAUUAAAUAAUGGAUGAAGAUUUAAAUUGGCUUACUUGAAAAGUUAAGAAUAAGAAGAGAAUAUCUAUUUUCAAGAAAUUCAAGAAAAAAAAAGAAGUCUUUCGUACCUGAUUGGGGGAAAAGAAUCAAAAUUGAAGAUCAUCAUCAACAAGAUUGAAGAAAAGGGUAUGGAAAAUAAUAAAGAAAAGAGAUGCAGAAGUGAGGAACAAUCAGUUGGCAGCAGACAUGUAGAAGUAAAAGGGUUCAAAUAUUCUGAAUCCAUAAAAAACAAAAAAGAAAAUCUUAAUCUUUGAAUAUGUUUGCUCGGAGCGGCACGAACGACGCCGAUGUUCUCCGGCUUGCCACGACCCGGUAUCAAGACGACGGGAACCAAGGCAAGGUGCCCAUCGAUCUUUGGAAGAUUUUGAGUCGUUCCCCGAAGUGGCAACAACUCAACAAUCCCGACGGCGGAUCAUUGCGGAAAAGAUCCACCGUCGCCGCCGAGGUUGAGGUCGACGAGACUAUCGGUUCUACCGAUCAAAUCCCUCCCUUCAACGUUGCGGAUUCCGAUGACGAGGACCCCAUUCCACGGCCGAUCGGAAGAAAGAAGGCAAAAUCCAUUGCCUCUGCUGACGUGACAGAGAGAAAGUUUGAAGCCCCGGUUUGAAGCCCGGGGCUUCAAACUUAUUACCAGUGCUCUAACCCUACGCUGAAAAGGAAUUCCCCAAACCCAUCCCCUUUAUAUAUACACACGCACGCACAAUUGAAGAAAAACUAUACGGAGUUUGGGGUUACUGCCGUGUGAGAGACGAAGUCAGUACCCUGUGAUCGGAACAGAGCUCAACAAAGACGACCACUGCCACUGUAGUCGCUCGACCGGGAGAGGUCAGCCGCUGCCAUCGCUCAGGCCACCGUCCGGAUUGCCUAGAAUCUGGACGCCGCUGCUUCGCUAUUGCCGAUCACCAUCUUCUUCACUGUAACGUGAAUGAUGAAUAAGGAACUAUCCUGGAGGGCAACGAGGGCAGAGAAGAUGGAU